AUGAGUGGUAAUCCAAAGAGAAGAAUCGAAACAGAUGUAAUGAAACUUUUAAUGAGUAAUCAUGAUGUUCAAUUAAUUAAUGAUAAUAUGCAAGAAUUUUAUAUUAAAUUAAUUGGUCCAAAGGAUACACCAUAUGAAGGUGGUUUAUGGAGAUUACAUGUUGAAUUACCUGAUAAUUAUCCAUAUAAAUCUCCAAGUAUUGGAUUUGUUAAUAAAAUAUUUCAUCCAAAUAUUGAUGUUGCAUCAGGUUCAAUAUGUUUAGAUGUAAUAAAUUCAACUUGGUCACCGUUAUAUGAUUUAAUUAAUAUUGUUGAAUGGAUGAUACCAGGUUUAUUAAAAGAACCGAAUGGUAGUGAUCCAUUAAAUAAUGAAGCUGCAACAUUACAAUUAAGAGAUAAACAACUUUAUGAAGAAAAGAUAAAAGAAUAUAUUGAUAAAUAUGCAACAGAAAAGAAAUAUAAGGCAAUGUUUGGUGAUUCUGAUGAUAUGACAUCUGAUGAAGAUAUUAGUGAUGAUAAUGUCGAUGUUAUAGUAAACGAUGAAGAGGAAGAGGAAGAAGAAGAUGAAGAUGUAGAUGUAGAUGGUGAAGAAUUAUCUGAUUUAAGUGAUAUUGAAUUAAGUGACGAUGAAGAUCAAGAUCAAGAAGAUAGUAAGAUAUAG